UGGAGGGUGGGAGAAUAUAAGCCUGUUUAGAUUUCCAACAAAGCAUACUUUCACACGCAAGCACUGACACGUUACUCCCAAUUAUCCAUCAUCUGACACAGCAUCCCCAUAGUUAUUAUCCUAUCAUCAAGCAAACACUGCAGAGGUAUAAAACCUGCCCUGGGUGAGUCCUGCUUGUUUUGGAGGCUGCGAGAACCUAUAAAGGAUGAAGACUCCUCUUCUCGUCGUGCUUGUCAUAGCCCUGUGCACAGAGAGUGCUUUCUCCUUGACAUGUUUCUCAUGCAAAGAUGCACCUUCCAACAUACACUGUCUCGGUACAACCAAAUGCUCUGACAAUGAGAAGUACUGUCUCACAACCUAUUCUACCACAGGACUUGGCAAUGACCGUAACCAGCGCAUUACCAAGAAAUGUUCUGCAUUUUGCCCAACAAUUGACCUGAAUAUCGGCAUAGCCGGUGUUGCCACCAGCUGCUGUGAGACUUCCUUGUGCAACAUCAGUGGUGCCAGCAGUGUGAAAACCAGCUACACUAUGAUAGCUCUGGGCGUCCUGGCCAGUCUCGCCUGCAUCCUCCGUCUGGGUUUUUAAAGGGUUUUGGGGGUAAAGGAGCUGCUUGGCCUUGCAUUGCAAGGGAUCAAUCUCUCAAACAUCCCUGUUUCACACAAUCAUAGAUUCAUAAAAUGGUUUGGGUUGGAAGGGACCCUAAAAAUCAUCUGGUUCUAGCCCCACUGCCAUGGGAAGGGACACCUCCCACUAGACCAGGUUGCUCAAAGCCCCAUCCAGCCUGGCCUUGAACACCUCCAGGGAUGGGGCAGCUUCUCUGGGAAACCUGUUCCAGUGUCUCCCUACCCUCAUAAUGGAAAAUUUCUUCCUGAUAUCUAAUGUAAAUCUCCCUUCUUUCAGUUUGAAGCCAUUGCCCCUCAUCCUAUCACUACAUGGCCUUGUAAAAAAACCUAUCCAGCUUUCUUAUAGGUCCCCUUCAGAUACUGGAAAGGGCUAUAAGGUCUCCCGAGAGCAUUCUCUUCUACAGGUUGAACAUUUUCAUAGCCCAUUUUCAUAGGAGAGUUUUCUCCUACCUGGAAGGUCACAUCCCAUUAGCAAAUAUUUUUGCUCUUUCCGUGCUCUGAUGUCAAUGCAGAAGAGCACAACCCUACCUCAAAAUGGUGUUCAAAAGAGAAAGGUGUGACGUGGAGCCCUGCACAUGCAGAAGGGCACCAUGUAGCCACCAUUUCCCCUACUAUUGGCCUUUAUAACUUCAUGCAUUUUUUUUUUCCCUUUUAUUUUGUCCCUGCCAUUCUCUUGUGCCAUUUUUCCCUUUGUACCAUUUUCUGCCUUGUAUCGUUUGGCUCUGAGGAAGCCUUUAAUAUUACAGUUGUUAAACAGAAGCUGGGCACAAUAAAGUGUCAUUUUAUUCUAU